CACGUGACAUUCGCGGCGCGUUGAUGCAAAUUUCGGCAUCGCGUUACCCGGAGCUCGGAGUCUGUUGUAUGUUACUUUCUUGCUUGGAAGUUUACAAACAAUUUUUUGAAUGGAAUUUAAUUAAAUAUUUGUCCCUUCAAAAAUGCCACGGCCUUUACAAAGUGAAAGACAGAAUGCGACGCCCGCUAGUACCAGUAAACGAAAAAAAGAUACACCUCGCAAGCGGCAAGGGGCAACGUUUGGAACACCAGCUGGAGCUGCACGACCAGCGGGGAGUAGCGGGCGAGAGUUGGGACAAACACCGCUGUCAUCAGGAAAGAGACAUGGAACAAGACGGUUUAGACCGGGGACUCGAGCUCUGAUGGAAAUCAGAAAAUAUCAAAAGACUACUCAUCUCCUGCUCAGGAAACUUCCCUUUGCUCGAGUGGUAAAGGAAAUUUGUCAGAUCUUAAACCCAUCCUCCGAACUUCGCUGGCAAGCUGCAGGAAUUAUGGCAUUACAAGAGGCAGCAGAAGCGUUCCUUGUCCAUCUCUUUGAAGACUCGAACCUUUGUGCUAUCCACGCCAAGCGAGUCACCGUCAUGCCAAAGGACAUGCAGCUUGCUCGACGGAUACGCGGGAGAACAGACGGACUUGGGUAGUACAUUGUAGGAAUCUUGAUUGUACAAUAUUAUUGACGUUUGAUGGACGGUGAUCCUCUUUUAAACCUAUUGCUUCAUCAAGUUCCAAUGGCCAUCAAAACAUUGGUAUAUAGGCCUGUAUUCUGAAGUCUUGGUUGUUGAAAGGUCAUGGUUUAAAAUUAUAGGAAGCUGUUAUGUUUAUAUUUUAUGAUUCUUGUGUUCACUGUGCUCUGUCUCCAUGCUUUAAUGGUGUGUUGAUGAUCAUUCCCAGAUAUUUAUGAAAUGAAUUUGACCAUUCAAAUGUGUUGAGAAAUUGAUUCUGUACUGUUACAAGUUUGUGUCGAAAAUGGCUAUCCAUAUGAAAACCUCAAAUUAGGACCUGGUUUAUCACCCCCGGGUUCAGAAUAUGGGCCUUGGUGUCUUAUGAUUAAAUUCUCUUUGAAAGCAGGAGAGCUUUGAAUGGUAUGAUUUUAAUCUGGCUUUUAAAAAAAAGAGAGAUGUGUUUGGAAUAAUUGACUCUCAUGCAAUAUUGAAAGAAGUACAUUCUUGACAAGUGAUCAUUAGGAUUUUACAAUUACAAUUUUACAUACUGUAUGUUGAAAGUACAUGUAGGAAGGUACAUGUGUUCCCCAUUAUUGACAGGGGGGGGGGGGGUGGUUGAAUACAGAUAUAUCUGGUUGUGCCACUAAACCUGUACCCACUUCAUAUUGACAGAAAACGGUCCCCUUUAUUGGAGGAUUUUUAAAUCUAAAAUAAUGCCCUAUUUUGAAUUUAAAAGGGUAAAAAUAUCUGCUACUAAUUGUGAAAUGUCAGAAUCAUACUCCUGAUUUGUUAUGUUAUUUUUUCUCCACAAUUCCAUCAGUUAGAGUGAUACGUUGCAUUUCCAUACACCCUAUAACAGGUUAAUCUUUCUCCCAUAAGGGGAUAAAUACAUGUACAUUGUAGCAUUUAUUAAUUUUGCAUCACUUUUGGUUCAAAAUUCACCAUUGCAGACACUUCAGUAAUUUUGGCCUAAUUCAGAAGUUUUGUAUAAUUUCAUUGAAUGAUUCUGGGUGUAAAUCCUAAAAAAAUGUUUUGCGUGUUACCCGAAAAGCCACUGCAAGAAAUCGUGUUUUCUAUAGAUUGUCCUGGUAUACAGUAAGGAAAGCGAUAUUUCAAGAGAGUUUUAUGAAUAGUUUAUACAGUACUGAGUAAUUCAAAUGAUCCUACAUGUAUAUAAUGAAUUCAUUUUAAAAGAGGAUCACUAUCACUAUUGUAGAUAAAAAUGUAUAUUUUAAUAGUUUGUUAAUACAAUCCUUGUGAAGUUUGCAUCUCACUUUGUUCUUCCAUUUAGUCUAUUUGAGAGUACUGUAAUCUUAUCACAGUUAUCUUGUUUCAUCUUUUUUUUUCCAAGUCUAAUCUGCAUUGUCUCGUUAGGCUAUGGGAGUCGUACUCCUGCAGAAGAAACAUUUCACGAUUGUUGCAAGAAAAAAUAAUACUCGGCAACCCUGAAACUAUUAGGCAAAUACAGGUAUUCAAUUGCAAAAUGGAAAGCGAUUGAUGUUUUAUUUUUGUCUUCCAGUUUUUAAUAGAAGUUCAACCAAUUUUAUGUGGAUAUAUUUAUGCAUUCAUUGAUAAAAACAAUAUUUGAUAUUCAAGAAACAAUAUAUUUUAAAAUUUCAGCAACUGAAAGAAUUUUACGUGUAUUUGAAUAGCCUAUCCAUAAAAAGCGUUGGGCUUGCCUGUUACUGAUGGUACAUGUAUGACAGAGAUGGACAGAUGGCAAGGACAUAGCCGGAGUGCCGGUCAUCACUGGUGAAAUCGUCAUACAUGUAAUUCUUUUGUGUGAUUGUCUAUUCAUUUACAUUUACACGUGUGAUUUACGAGACAUCCCAUAUGUGGUGAUCAAUACUUUUUUUUCCCCCACCAGUCAAAUAUCUCUAAAAGUUGAUGUUGAAACCUCACUGCUUAUUGGCCUAUUUUUGGACAGAGUCUCAUAAAUAUUCAUAGGUUUUUUCCAAUUAAAACAAUCUAAGAAGGAAUGAACAUUUGCAUUGAUCUGUAAUAGUUACAUGUAUGAUAGGCACUCACGCCUAUGCCCUUGUUAAUGUUUGUCUCCUUAACAUUAGAAGCUUAACAUUUGCAUUGUAAAUACAAUUUUUUUUACAUGUAUAUACAUAAUGUAUUAUUUUUAUUGUGCAGAUUCAUCAUUGAUAGCAGUUUGUCAACUGAAGAGGCUACCCUGUUGAAAUAGAAAUAAAUAAAUAGAAUACAUUCCACCUAAUGCAUGAAGUCAAUACCAAAUGUCUGUGGUCUUGGAGGGGGGGGGGUAGAUUUUAACAGGUGUGUAAUAUGGCCACAAGAAUUAUUUUCAUACAUUUUAUAAAAUCUGAUGUUUUUAACCUGAAAAUUGUAGGAACAUACAAGUUAUAGAUUAAAAAUUAUAACACCCUCUCGAUUUGCAGUGCAUAUCUUUAUGUUAUGAUCUGUUCUUGUAAUUGACCAAUUGUUUAGCAGUGUGACAAACAGGUGCUAUUUCAGUAAAUGUCAUGAGAAACUGUCUGUGCACAAUGAUUACAUAUUUUAUUUUUUAUUCAUUGUUACAGUGGAUGGGUAUGAUUGAAUUUUAGUACAUUUUAAGAAUAAGUCUUAAGGAUAGACCCUUAUUUUUGAAAAUUUGCUUGAAUCAAUUUUUGAAAUGGUAUUUCAAGUUUCCAUGAUGGAAUUCUGUUUCUCAUUCUGCGUGUACAUCCAACAAGUCACCCAUGUGCCUUUGAUUCUGGAAGGUUGAUCGCAAGUGUUCAUUAUAUCAGUAUAUUAUGGAGUUAUAAAUGAACUCUCAUUAUUUCCUGCAGUCUUCAAGUGCCUUGGAUGAAAACUAAUUAUUAAUUUAUAUUGAUAUUCAUCUUUUGAUAAUGCUAGUUUAAAUUCAAGUUUGAAUUUGUGUGUCAUGUUUCUUUAGGGCCCUGUUGCAGAAACCUUGCAUUUUAAGUUUUGAAUGCAAAUCAAGAAAUCGGUCGCAUGUGAAUUAUCAGCCAAUCUGAUUUGCAUUUUAACAAUAAUGUUGAAUGUAUCCUUUUAGUGUGACAGGGUCCUAAUCAGACAGGGCAUAGUUAUUUAACAAAAUGGCAAAUAAUGAA